CGAAAUCUCGCGCCGCCUCGCGAGAGGCGAAGUUGAAGGAACAUGGCGACGUCUAAUCUGUUAAAGAAUAAAGGUUCACUUCAGUUUGAAGACAAAUGGGAUUUCAUGCGCCCGAUUGUUUUGAAGCUUUUACGCCAGGAAUCUGUUACAAAACAGCAGUGGUUUGAUCUGUUUUCGCGAGUACUGAGCCAUCAAGAUGAUACAGCUUUGCUAAAAGCAUAUAUUGUUGAAUGGCGAAAAUUCUUUACACAGUGCGAUAUUUUACCGAAGCCUUUUUGUCAACUGGAGAUUACUUUAAUGGGUAAACAGGGCAGCAAUAAAAAAUCAACUGUAGAAGACAGUAUUGUUCGAAAACUCAUGCUUGAUACAUGGAAUGAGUCCAUCUUUUCAAAUAUAAAAAACAGACUCCAAGAUAGUGCAAUGAAGCUGGUACAUGCUGAAAGAUUAGGAGAAGCUUUUGAUUCUCAGCUGGUCAUUGGAGUAAGAGAAUCCUAUGUUAACCUUUGUUCUAAUCCUGAAGAUAAGCUUCAAAUUUAUAGGGACAAUUUUGAGAAGGCAUACUUGGAUUCAACAGAGAGAUUUUAUAGAACACAGGCACCCUCGUAUUUACAACAAAAUGGUGUACAGAAUUAUAUGAAAUAUGCAGAUGCUAAAUUAAAAGAAGAAGAAAAACGAGCACUACGUUAUUUAGAAACCAGACGGGAAUGUAACUCCGUUGAAGCACUCAUGGAAUGCUGUGUAAAUGCCCUGGUGACAUCCUUUAAAGAGACUAUCUUAGCAGAGUGCCAAGGCAUGAUCAAGCGAAAUGAAACUGAAAAAUUACAUUUAAUGUUUUCAUUGAUGGACAAAGUUCCCAGUGGGAUAGAGCCAAUGUUGAAAGACUUGGAGGAACAUAUCAUUAGUGCUGGCCUGGCAGAUAUGGUGGCAGCUGCUGAAACUAUUACUACUGACUCUGAGAAAUACGUUGAGCAGUUACUUACAUUAUUUAAUAGAUUUAGUAAACUCGUCAAAGAAGCUUUUCAAGAUGAUCCGCGAUUUCUUACUGCAAGAGAUAAGGCAUAUAAAGCAGUUGUUAAUGAUGCUACCAUAUUUAAACUUGAAUUACCUUUGAAGCAAAAAGGGGUGGGAUUAAAAACUCAGCCUGAAUCAAAAUGCCCUGAGCUGCUUGCCAAUUACUGUGACAUGUUGCUAAGAAAAACACCGUUAAGCAAAAAACUAACCUCUGAAGAGAUUGAAGCAAAGCUUAAAGAAGUGCUGUUGGUACUUAAAUACGUACAAAAUAAAGACGUUUUUAUGAGAUACCACAAAGCUCAUUUGACACGACGUCUUAUUUUAGACAUCUCUGCUGAUAGUGAAAUUGAAGAGAAUAUGGUAGAGUGGCUAAGAGAAGUUGGUAUGCCAGCAGAUUAUGUAAACAAGCUUGCUAGAAUGUUUCAGGACAUAAAAGUAUCUGAAGAUUUGAACCAAGCUUUUAAGGAAAUGCACAAAAAUAAUAAAUUGGCUUUACCAGCUGAUUCAGUUAAUAUAAAAAUUCUAAAUGCUGGUGCCUGGUCAAGGAGCUCUGAGAAAGUCUUUGUCUCACUUCCUACCGAACUGGAGGAUUUGAUACCUGAAGUAGAAGAAUUCUACAAAAAAAAUCAUAGUGGUAGAAAAUUACAUUGGCAUCAUCUCAUGUCAAAUGGAAUUAUAACAUUUAAGAAUGAAGUAGGUCAAUAUGAUUUGGAGGUAACGACGUUUCAGCUGGCUGUGUUGUUUGCAUGGAACCAAAGACCCAGAGAGAAAAUCAGCUUUGAAAAUCUAAAACUUGCAACUGAACUCCCUGAUGCUGAGCUUAGAAGGACUUUAUGGUCUUUAGUAGCUUUCCCAAAGCUCAAGCGGCAGGUUUUACUGUACGAACCUCAAGUCAGCUCACCCAAAGACUUUACAGAAGGCACUCUCUUCUCAGUGAACCAGGAAUUCAGCUUAAUAAAAAAUGCAAAAGUUCAGAAAAGGGGUAAAAUCAACUUGAUUGGACGCUUGCAGCUCACUACAGAAAGGAUGAGAGAAGAAGAGAAUGAAGGAAUAGUUCAACUAAGAAUACUUAGAACCCAGGAAGCUAUCAUACAAAUAAUGAAGAUGAGAAAGAAAAUUAGUAAUGCUCAGCUGCAGACUGAAUUAGUAGAAAUUUUGAAAAACAUGUUUUUGCCACAAAAGAAAAUGAUAAAAGAGCAAAUAGAGUGGCUAAUAGAGCACAAAUACAUCCGAAGAGACGAGUCUGACAUCAACACUUUCAUAUACAUGGCAUAAUCUUGAACAUCAUGGACAACAUUAAGAACCGAAAUUUCAGAGUGCGUGGGCAGAAAGUUGUAACAGUUUGUGCUGGAGGAAGGUUUAUUUGGACUUUGAUUACAUAAAUAUUAAAAUCUCUGCCUUACCUGACAAAACAACUCUAUCUUGCCAAUCACAUUAGUUAGCAUGAUGGCAUUCCCUUCAUGUUGCACACUCUGUAACAGCAUGCUGUUUUGUGGAGAAACUUGCAUUCAUGAAGAGCCCAUGAUGAACUUGUAAAAGUAAAUUUGAUUUCUAUCCACCAGAAGAAAUAGUUGGGAAGGGUGAGGGCGGGGUUCUUGUUGCUUUUUUUUUUUUUCUCCUCUCUUUUUUUCCUCUCUCACGAAAAUGUACUUGCACAAGGAAGGAUCUUCAGAUAUUCGUGCACUGAAUAAUGCUGUUAUGUUUUGUUUUUUUUUAAAUGCAAUUAAAACUAGAAAUAGCA